CAAAGAAGAGAUAGACCAAAAACAUUAAUCCUUUUUCUCCGUUGUCUCUGAAACCACUUCAAUGGCGGCUCAUGCCGUUCCCCUUCGUCGAUCCAGCCGCUUGAAAAGCGAGCAUGGUGUUCCGGGUGCUUCACCUGGAGGGGAGGAAACCACUGGUGGAGUGAAAGCCAGUGGUGACUCUUAUCAAUGCCGAACUUCAGAGAAAAAGGCCAAGCGCUGUUCAAGUGCACCGGUUCGUCGAUCUUUCCGUUUGAAGGGCCUCAUUGAUUCAUGCCUGCAAGAUGGAGUGAUGGAGAAAGAUGAGAGACCACAAGUCGAGGAGAAAGAAGAGAGAUUACAAGAGGAGGAGAAAGAAGCCGAGGGAGUAGAAAGCUCAAAGCUUGACUAUGAGAUCCUCCGAGAAAGCUCAAAACUUUUUGAUUGAUUAGUUCUUUCUGUUAUACCAAGUGUGGUUCUUGAUGUGCAUUUUGCUGAAGGCUCGAAUGGCAUCUCUUGGGAUUAACGAUAAAGCGGAAGAGCUCUCCUCAUUGGCCUUGUCCACCAAGUGCGUGAAAAUGAGUAAAAGUUCCCCAAGAACACGAAGAGUUUUAAGCACUCCUGUUCGUCGGUCGGAGCGUUUGAAAGGAACCUCUGCUAACGUGACAGAGAGACAAUUGUGUUUGUAUGGAACCCCUGAUGAAGUGACAGGGAGAGAAUGGUGUAUCGUCCCGGCUCGAAAGAGACUAUUUUUGGGGCGAUGUGGAAGCACAGGCCGGGGAACUAUUUAUAAUUCUGUUCUGGGGAUUUGUUGCCAUUUCUGCAGGCAAAAGACACUGUGUUGUGAAGAUGACUGCAAACACUGCCGUGAUGGGGAUAUCGAUCAACCAUGCAUGGGCAAAACAGAAUGCUCAUCUUGCCAUUCGAGCAAUGGGGUCUUAUGCCGUGCAUGCCUCAAAAGUCGUUAUGGAGAAGAAUUGGAAGAUGUUAGAACGAACAAGAAUUGGAUGUGCCCACACUGCAUCGAAGAGAAAGGAAUUAACCCAUUCUGGAUAUGCAACAGUUCGAUCUGUUUGAAGAAGCGAAAGAUGGCACCGACGGGAAUUGCCAUUUAUCAUGCUCGCGAGAUGGGGUAUGAGUCUGUUGCUCAUCUGCUGAUGUAUAAGCUGAAAAUGAAAUUAAGCCAGCAGUGAUGUUCUUCAAGAUUUCAUGGCUAAUUGAUGUAACUUUUUUGUUUGCCAUUUGUUUGGUCAUGAAAACCAGAGUGUGCAAUGGAUGGAUUGAAGCAUUUUGGCAAAUUUCUUGGACUGUAUAAUCACAUUUUAUGAAAUGAUUAAGCAUUUUUGACAGGUUAAUUUA